AUGGAGUACCCAGCGGAGAUCCUUGCGCUGUACAUCAAUGAUGCAUUUCCAGAACAAUUGGCUUGCCGCAAUGGAUGCACCUUGAGCCGCGACAUAAUCAUCACGGAUCGAUUGUCCGUAGCUGCUCGGCAGAAAUUUGCCAAACAGCUUACUGCGAUAAUUGAACGAACACUGGGCUGCUUUUACGACGUCCACGCGCAUCUUCUGUAUCCACGCCUAACCCGCUCUCGGCCCUGGCAAGCCCACAAACGUGCCGAGCUACAGGGGCUAGGCACGUGCCAUGUUCUAUAUAGGAAAGAGAAUCCCGGAGGCGCCAUAGCAGGCUUUGUCUCGCUGCUUUUCUGCGACGAGCCCCACUGGCCUGCCGGCAACGGCAGUCGCGCUGCCGCCUCCACUGCCGAACGUGAGAGGGGGCCCAGUGGGAGGUCAGCAGAACCAGCCUUUGAAGAAACCCCGCCGCCGCCGCCGUGCAAGGUCGUCUACGUGAUGGAAAUCCACGUGUCCCCAUCCUUCCAAAACCAGGGCCUGGGCUCCUGCAUGCUGCUCUGUGCCAGACAACUGGUGCAACAUAUGCAACCCAGCUUCCCCCAACUCAAGGGCCUGGAGCUCACCGUGUUUACAGGAAACCGUCAGGCUCUUGCGCUGUACCGCCGCCAGGGAUUCAAAACUGCUACGAAUACUGAGUUUUUUUUGUCUAAUUCCGAGUUAACAGUCAUGUAUUGUUCUAUAUAA